UUCAUCCGAAACCACCGAAGCGAUUGGUCGUGCGGUUUCAAUUUACUGUGCCAAAAUAAUUUGUUGGAGUGCGUUGAGAUCGCAGAUUGAACUUUUGCACCGUCUGUGCGGCUUGGCCCGUCCAUCCGUCCACUGGGCCCACUGGACAAGACCAUCCGUGCCAGAUAAAGAUCGUCGAGUCCGCAAGUCCGUGCGAACAUGACGCCCCGGAACGCUGUUGCUGUCUGUCCUCACCGCUGCCCGGAUUGUGACAUCAACGCAUUUGAGGGGACUGCAAUGCAAUCCGAGCGGGGAAUUUAUCCGGCGUGAAUGACACCGCCGCGCACCUGCAGGCGUACAGAACCGCGAAUUAAUAACCACACUAUUCACUCUCCAAGCUGCCAGGAGAAGAGCAACCAUUCGGUUUUUUGGAAUAUUGCGGGCGCGUUGUGCUUCACUGAAAAUGGAGGGUUUUUUACGGAGCAGUAGCGCUGCCCUUAAGCGCAGUGCAGAGGAUCACUCUGGAUUCCACGUCGUCCUUGGAAACGAGGCUUGUGAUGUCGACUCCAUGGUCUCCGCUCUCUCCUUUGCUUACUUCCUGUUUAAGACGUCCGGCUCGGCCGGGAGGACUCCGGUGCCCGUGCUGAACAUCCCGCGGGCGGACUUCCCGCUGCGGACGGACAGCGUGUUCCUGCUCCGGGAGAGCGGGCUGGCGCAGCAGGACCUGGUGUUCCGGGACGAGGUGGACCUCCCGCGGCUGCACCGCGCCGGGCGGCUGGCCCUCACCCUGGUGGACCACAACGUGCUGCCCAGUACUGACAGUGACCUGGAGGGAGCAGUAGUGGAGGUGAUUGACCACCACCUCCAGGAGAGGGUGCCCUCCCCCUCUUGCCCCGUAACCAUAGAGACCGUGGGCUCCUGCGCCACCCUGGUCGCCGAACGCAUCGUGCAGAAGGCUCCGGAAAUUGUGGACGGACAGGUGGCCCUGCUUCUCUACGGCUCCAUAAUCCUGGACUGUGUGAACAUGGCUCCUGAGGCGGGGAAGGUGACGCCCAAGGACAGCCAGUUCGCCCGCCUGCUGGAGUCCCUCUGCCCCGCCCUGCCGCCCCGCACCCCCCUCUUCCAGGCCCUGCACAGCGCCAAGCUCGACAUCUCCGGUACCAGCUCAACCUGCCUCACGACAGAGCAGAUGCUGCUGAAGGACAUGAAGGCGGUGUCUGGAGGGGAUCUGAAGCUGGCCGUCAGUGUGGUGUACAUGACCCUGGACGCUUUUCUCCAGCGACGGGGUCUUCAACAGGAGCUCUGCGAGUUCUGCCACAAGCACCACUUCAACCUGCUGGUCGCCAUGACGAUCUCCUUCAGCCAGAGCAACGAGCCGUUCCGCCAGCUGGCCGUCUACAGCUCCAGCUCCCUCUACAGGGAGGAGGUGAGUCGGGCCCUGGAGCAGGCCCAGACUCCCAGCCUCAGCCUGGCGCCCGUGAGCAGCCCGUACGCAGACGUGCGGGCCUACCUGCAGCGGAACACGCUCGCCUCGCGCAAGAAGCUCCUCCCCCUCCUCAAGGACUUCCUGCGGGACCGUGAGCUCCGGGAGGCCCGGAGGGGAGGGGCCGGGGACGGCGAGGACCUGCAGGAGGAGGAGGAGGAGGAGGAGGAGGAGCAGCCGGACGAAGGCCCCGACGAGGCCCAGCCGCUGCCACGGCGACGGCGCGGGGUGGGCGGACUCACGGAGGAGGAGGAGGAGGAGGAGGAGGAGGAGGAGUGUGGGGGCUUGGUCCCGCCCACGCCCAUGAACAGCCUGGUGGAGGGCUGCCCAUUGGACAACGGUGUGCCGCGCAUCAGCGCCCAGGCCCUGCUGGAGAAGUUCAACAAGAUGGCCGCCUCCGCCGAGGGGGAGGGGGAGGGGGAGGGGGAGGGGGAGGGGGCUACCCCGGGGGCACUCUGAUCCCGCCCCCAAUACCGUGCAAUACCACGCCCCCUUUUAUAAAGGCGCAAACUCCGCCCCCCUCUGAACCACCCAAUGGGAGAGCUCUGAUUGCCCCCUCCCCCUGUUGACCCCUCCCCCUUUUUAUUGAGUGCCCUCCAGCAGCCCAUAAAUCGGCCAAUCGGUGGCCUCGGAUCUACCGCUCGCCCCUGAGCCCUCCUGUUGUAUGACCCACCCCUCCCUCCACCAAAAGCCCCCCCCCCCCCCAAUUACUGUCUGAAUUUCUUAGCAGCUACUGUGAAGCGUAUUAUCUGUGCCAGGGUGUCCCUGGGAGUGGAGCAGCCCGGGAAGGACACACAAUCUUGAGGAAACUGCUGAGGUGGUGUCAUCAGGACAGCCAUUUUGGCUCUGUCGGAGGACAGGGAACACCCAUGUAACUGCUUGGUUAACAACCAGCUGCCAGUGAUCUCUCAUGUUCCUAUGCACCGUGUGGCAAAACCCUGAGCCUCAGUCAACUUUCUUUGUGUCUUUUAAACAUUUCUUUCUCUCCUCAGCUCUGAGUUAAGCGGGGGCUUUAGCGGUCUCUGUUGAUGCUAGUCGGUUUGGGGAGAGGGGGAGGAAGUAGUGUAUAUCAGUCCUCUAUCGUAUCAGGCCUUUCAGUGUGUUUAUCGGGUCAUGAGGAAGGGACAAGACAUUGAAUACUUCAGGUAUGGUGGCAGAGUUUAAAGUAUCAGGUGUGCUGAAAUGAAGCGUUAUCAGAGCUGUACCAUGCUCCAUACUUCUCCUGGUAAGUGUUCAGGUUUACUCAAACUUCAGUUAAUCAGCAUGAACUCAUAGGCCUCAUAGGAACUCAUAGGCCAUCCCCUUCAGUGUUCUGACUGUAAUCAAACGGCUGCACGUGAUUGGUUGCCGACUGCAGCUUCGCCCUGGAUUUAAAUAAUAAGUAAUGAAUAAUCAAAUACACAUGCACACAAAAAACACCUUUGGUCACCGUGGUAACUGUUCUGGUGCUCAGGUAAAAUGAGACUGGACUGGAAUCUGGCAGCUUUGUGUACUCUGGUGAAACGGUGACCUCCGCUGAUUCAGUACCAAUCUUUCGCCUAAGUGCAAAUCACCUCAUCGCGGAUACUAUCUUUUUUUUUUCUUUUUUUCUCGCUGUUGUGUUUUGGCUGACAGCCUUGCCCAGGGAGAUGUGUGGCUUAUAUACAUUUGCUUAGCAUUUGUUUUUAUAAAUUGUCCAUUAGUUUACGAUGUUAUACUCCAGAGACCCGGCGGAAAAACAUAAAAAAAAUGUAUCUUUUUUUUUUUUUUUAUUUUUUUUUUUU